UUGAAAUAUAAGCUAAAUUUAUCGUGUAAUGUUUUUGAUAAAAAUGAUUGAGAUCAGCGUACGGGGUUGGACUUAUAACGUUAUAGAUUCUGGUAGCUAAUGCUUCAGCGAGGAGGAAGUUUUCCAUUCGAUUUUGAAUUUUACUCACCUAAUUUUUAUCGAUAAUAAUUUUAAAAACUAAAAGCAACGACUUGACUUUUAUUCUUUGAUUUCUGACACACGUCUGAAUAUAAACAUUUUAUUACUGAGUGAUAGCAAGAAAUGGAUUGCUUCUUUUGUAAUCUAUGUCGCCGGGUCCCAUUUUGAGGUACGUCCGGCACGUGGUCUUGAGUAAAUUUUUUGAAAAGAACUAUAUGGAUUUCGUGAUUUGAAGUGACAGAUUAUAUUCAAGUUUGUAUAAAAAUGUGUUUGAAUCAUACGGUGAAAGUGGUUUGAUUCUACAAAUCCAAACAUAUGUGUGCCAGGAAGCAACACCCGGAAAGGAAAAUGAUAUAAACUCCGAAAAUUGAAAACAUAGAAAUCAAAGAUUAAGCAAUUCCUUAAAGGAGGAAGAGAUACAGUGAAUUGAUAUUUUCAAAAAUUAGAUUCGAAAAAAUUUACAAAAUUCUUAUAAAAUUUUUUAUUCAGUUUCUGAAGGUAAAAGGAAAUCAGUAUUGAUUUGAAAUCAGUGCAAGUAUUAAAUUUGAAAAUUAAAAGUGUUUGAAUGAUAUCAUAACAUUUGAAACAUUCGCUUGAAAAUAGGUUUAUUAUGUUACUUAAGAACAAAAAUUACUUUGGGAUUGGAACAAAUGGCACCGGUUAACCGUAACGUUUUAUACAAUACUCGAUAAUAUUUAGUCAUAAAUCUUACAUUUCAUGUUACAAAACUUAAAUGAUUUUAACCAUAAACUUUCAUUAUAUUCAACAUUUUAUAUUUUAAUUUUUUUUAAAUUUAUAUUUUCGAACAAAAAUUUAAUUUUCGGCUAUUAGGAAAAAUUUGAAGAAAUUGUAUUGUUGAACAAAUAUAAGAAACUUUGGCUUUUUUAGAAAAAAAGGAACAUUCCAUAUCUUACAAUAAGGAGAUUGUAUAAAUUCUAAUUUUCCAGUAAAAUACUUGAUAAAAUCGAGCGUUUUCGUAUUCUACGAGGACAAAAAGGAAAUCGAUAUUACUUAAAGCACUAAAUCCGAUAUUAGAAGGUUUUGUAAUCAACAUACUGUACAUAGCCGUGAUAUUUGUCUCGGUGAAAGUUUCCACGACAUCGAGAAUACUUCUAUUUUGCAUAUUUUCACGGAAAAUUUCGUCAUGAUUUAUUUUCUUCGCAUCGUUCAUCAUAAUCAAGCCAUUACAUGGAUUUCAUCGGUGGAUUACAUCGAUAUGUUAAUCACAACGUCGUCACGAAUCCGGGAAGAUAAUUACAUAUAUAAGUAUCGGAGAAAUAAGAUCAGCCCCCAAACACGACGUCUGUGACGAUGACUAACGAACGAAUAAUAAAUCAGCUACUGGUGGAAUACAAUGAUUCAUUUCCAAUUGUGGGAUAAUGUAAUUGAUUAUUUAAAUUCCAAUCUUACGCUACUAUUGAAUAAUUAAGCAAACAAUAUGUAAUGUUUGUGCGCACGCAUUGAUUGUGGCUGAUAAAAUUGGAAUUUCGUGGCAUAUUUUGACAUUCUCCGAAAUUUUUGAAUACGUCCUAUUAUUCAUGUUGCUGCGUAUUUGAAAUGUCAGUCAUUUUCAAAACUGUUUGCGGCUGGUUUAUAUCGUAAGAAAUUUAUUUUUAUUUCUUUUGUGUCUCGUAAAUUCGUUUUAUUUUAUCGCUUAUUGAUUUAUUUGAUUUUGAAUGUUUUAGGAAGAUCGGUGUACUUUUGGUGUCAUCCGACGAUCUCUUUUGGUAUCAAACGAGAGACCAGCAGAUAUUUAUUUUUUCCAUAAAAUAAUAGCUGAGUUAACCUCAGUCUGGUUCACUUUUUUUUUUAAAUAUAGCACUUCUGCUAUUUUUUUAUAGGAUUUUUAUUCUGAGAUAAUGCUGAAACAAAAAUUGAUAAACGAAUUAUGUGAAAUAUUUCCGAAAUUGCAUUAACGGGAUGAAAUAUAUAUGUAUAUAGCAAGAAAGAAUUCAGUAAAGUUUUAUGAAAGGUAUGAUAUUAUUCUUUAUUUUUUAUCUUUGAGUAACUAUUGUAAUGAAUAAAAAAAUGAUUCAUUAGAAAUAUUACUCUUAACUAGGACAACAAAAAUAAGUGGCUAUAGGGAGAGAUUAUGUAGUCAAUAAAUUAAAUAUCAUCAAACUAAAAUUUCUCAAAAAAAGAAAAUAUCACCGAACAAGUAGUUCGUGUUUAUUUUUCCCUCGACAAAAGAUUUUCUAGGCGAGUUGUAAAAAGUAUUUUCAACAUGCAGGUUGUAAACAUGUUUGCUUGCGGUCUAGCAUUAUCUUUUUGCGAUAACUGCAUCCUAGAUCAAGUUGCUAGUACUUCGUUAAGCUAUGAACAAUUUUUUUCUCAUUCCUCGUUUGAAUUUCGUUCAGUGAUAUUUAAAACUGAUUCUAUAAAUGUCGAAAGUUGAGCUCUUCCAAAUUAAUCGCAGUGUCCGCGAAAACUUAUGAUCUUUUCUUCCGAUUGAAAUAACAUUUCCGAAUAUAAACGAAAAUGGUAAAGAGACCUAUUAAAGCAGCUGACAAUAAUAUUGGCUUUUCCGUAAAACUGUCGUUUUCUCGUUUUUAAUGUGGUUUUUGUUAUCAAGGAAGAGAGAAGGACAUUGGAGUAUGUAUACACGUAAAUCUUUAUAUCCUUUAUUUAUCGUUCUUCAACCAAUUCAAAGUAGUAUCGAUAUAGUUUUCGUAGAUACGUGUCUCGAUCAUCGAACUACGAUAUUUUUAAAUCUUUAUUACUAAAAUAGUAAACAGCUAAUAUUCACAUAUUGUAUCGUUCGAAGAAGCGAAAGUAUGAGUUUCGUAAAUAAUUAUAAUUUUACGACACUCGUAUUUUAAAGAAGAAGCUAUUUUUGAAUCGGAUAUUUAGCAUUCAGAGCAAUUUCAUUCAUCAAUUGUAAUAAUGUUUCUUCCAUUUAUUUUUUAUGUCCAUCGUAUUUCCAAUAACCAAGCGUGCCAUGAACCCUACUUUCGAAAGUAUUAUUAAUGACGCAUAAAGGUUCCAUUGAUCGAGAACCAACUAAAAGAAUUCCCUCGAGUUUUAGCUAAUUAAUUCGGCGGGUAGGAAAGUGCAGCGUUAUAUUCGAACACAGAUACACAUGCGCAGAUAUAAACACGUAUACACAUCGUUUUUCAAAUGUCAGUAACUAGAAAACGAAGUCUAAAACGCGAGUUUUGUUAUUCUCCAUUUUUCUCUUAUUUUGGUUUAUUGAACUAUCUCAUAAAUUUUCUACCAGCUGUUGCCGAACGCCCACUAUAAUCACGAAAAAUUUCAGGAGACGAUGUCUCUCUCUCUCUCAUUUCAACAAGGAAAAAAUCUUUAAUAUUUUAAGGAAAUAUUUACGAUACUUUUGAAACAAGAUAUCAAGUAUGUCAUUAAUGAUUCUUUUCAUCUUCUUCAAAGUUAAGAAAUUUUUUAGCGACUGAAAAAUAUGAUUAAUUCAGAACGCUGUGAAGAAUGCAGCAGAGUUAAUCUCUGAUAUCUUAAUUAGUUUAAACGAUAAAAAUUAUAAGGAAAGAAAAAGUUACCUUACUUUUUCAACGUCUCAAUAACAACAUCGAUCAUUGUCCUUAGUUUUCUUGGCACGAUCGGGAUUUCAGAUUUUUUUUUUGUGUCAAACUCUUCGUGGAUUUACAGAAAAAGGGCGUGCAGUAAGUGGACAAUCCGUUCUGCUUAGAAAUCGCGAUUCCAAAUUGCAAUGUCGACGGGCGGUCUUCAUUGGAAAUGCAGAUCCUCCUCUCUUAUUCUUUCUCAUACGUCGUCGGUACGGAACAAGGAUAGUGGGAGGUCGAAGACGUAGAAAAUCGAAUUGCUAGGAUAUCUGAUGCAUGGCCCAGGUUCAUUUCCAUAACUUCCACCAACGGGAAACCAUAACGUCACGAAAACAAUUAGUUAAUGGGAAGUGGACAAAGUUUACGUCACGGUCCAGUUAUACUUUAAUAGAGUCAGAGCAUUUUAAACUUCCAUUGUCAUCACUAGAUAUCGGUCUAUUGUACCUCGAAACUAUUGUUCGAAUUAAUCAGACCGGCUACGCUUGUAACUUACAACCAUCUGCCUUCCAAGUCUGAAUUGAAUUUAGCGAACGAAUCGAGCAGAUCCUUGAACGAUUUUCUCCAAUGAUAAGACCACUCUUUUUCGCUUCAUCGCGAUAAUUCUAUUGAUUUUCGUUUUGAUUGCUCAGAAAUGACGAUUUGAGAUGUAUAUAACUUUGAAGAUAGUAAGGGUAUAUUUAGAAGUUGUUUCAAUGGUGUUGGAAACAUUGUUUUUUCGUUUGACAUAAGAAAAAUGAAAGAUUUACAAUGGAUAUAAGUAAUUUUCGCUGGCCCUGUCUUCUUAUUCAAAUUUCAUUCAUAAAAUGUCAUAUUUCUUUCAUAAUAGUAAUAUCUAUCUUCAUUAACGAUUAAGAAGAAACGUAUGUAUUAUAAAAAUUUAAAGUAGGAACCUGCAGUAUGUAAUAUCAAUUUAAAUAAUAUGUGAAACUUAUUAAUUUAUAUGGUCAAUUUCAUUGAAAAAAUAUGUAUGCAUGGAUUUUCUUAAACCGACUUCAUUUUAUUUAUAUUUUAGUCACGCGUCAUAAAUACGGCACUUUGCACAUGUGCAAUUAGUCACUUAAAAUGUAUUAAAUCAUACAUAUUUUCUUGAUUUAUGAAGGAGUAAUAUAUGGAGCGUUCCCAAUUUAAAUGUCAAGACGUUUUCACUUCGUUCUGGAAAAAUCGCGGAAAAAGAAACGAAAACGUUUUCGUUCUUUUAAUUAUUUAUUUACACUUGUGUAUUCCAAGAGACCGAAUCAUAGCUGUAGUGCACCGGAUAUCUCCAGGGCAAUAUCUAGCUGCAAUUAGAACGGUCAAUGUUAGAUGUAAUGCUUGCAUUGUUUCAGAGGGCCAGCAUUUUGAACAGUAUCUUCAUAAAAUAGACGAUAGUACGAACAAAUAAAUGUAAAUAAAUAAAUGAGCAAACAAAAACUUUUUUUUCUUCUUUCUUCAUUUACAAUUAGUUUAUCGAUCCCUUACAGGUUGCCGAAGUUUUGACAUUAAAUUGGGGGGGCAUGUUGUAUGUAUUAAAUACGUUAAUAUAUUAUUAAAUAAUCGACUUCCGUGUACGAACGUGUACCAUAGAGUUUGCCGCAAGUUUGGUUGGAAAAAUGUUGUUUUCGAACAUAGAACAUACAUGCAUAAUGCAAAGAAAGGUUUCCUGUUCGAGUGAAUAUGGUAAAGUACGAGCUAUUUCAUAAAUUUUCAGUGAGCAUUGGGAACCGAGUCGACGAAUAAUAUAUAGGAUCCCUCAUUGUAGGGUAACGUUUAUUUUGAAAUAAAAAAUUAAUUCAAAUGAGAUGUAAUGUGCGAUUCUGAAUUUCUCAACACCAAUAAAGGUUUUAUAAUCCUUUUUGUGUAUUUAUGGACAUGUAUAUUUGUAAUUUCUUAUACAAUCCUAUUGAAGAUUCUUCUUUAAUUCUUUUUUUAAGAUUAGAUGAAAACUUAACGUAUCCAUCUUGUAGUUCCAAUGUUGCAAUAAAUUCCAUUAUAACAGACUCUCCAUUACAGGUUGCAGACUCUCCUAGUUUUUUAAAUAAUCAACUCAUUAUCGAAUCUUUACCCUUUUAAAAAUACUGGCGCAUACAUAUGUGCAUGUAUACAUAGAAUUAAUUUUUCUUCAAACCAAACGUAAUUCUAUAUAAACAAUAAAUAUUAUAUAGACAAUGGACAUAUUUAUAAAAGGAUUCCAUACAUCCAUUGUUUGUAAUACAUAUUAAUAUGUUUUUGAACACAUCAUAAAUAAUGAAUAUUCUUGUAUGUAUGAAAUCCUUCUUUAAAUACACGAAUGUAUUUAUCAUACAAUUUAUUAAUUCUCAAUAGAAACGGGACGACAUGUAUAAAAACAGAAGAUCUCUAAAUAAAUAAAUCCAAAACAAUAAUAAACCGAAUAAUGAGUUAACUUAUCUUCUCGUGUUAACAGGUUUGGACCACCAAGAAAACCGUCUUCUUCAAACUGCAAAGAAUUGAUUCUCGAUCCACGUGCGUGAUCCACCGAUCGAGGGCUUCCCUCUGCUCUUCGAAACACACAGAGGCGCGCACUGCGCGCGUCGGUGUAGGCGUCGCGACGCCUCGCGCCGACGUAGUUCUCUCAACCAAUCUCCCUCUCUCUUUAUCUCUAUCUUUAUCCUUCUCCACCCUCGGUUCUCUCCUCUCCAUCCGUGUUUCCCCGGCGCCCGUUGAAUCCAGCACGUGGCAUCAAAGGGAAGAUAUACGGCAGGGUGGUCGCCUGUUCCCGGCCAAACGGCGACGACCCUUGCUCGUCGUCGCUCCUACUCGCGCGCGAUUUCGAGAAUCCGCUCGGACAGAAGACACGAGUCGAUCGCCGCCGCUACCUGUCAGCCUGCUUUCCGCGCCACAAGACGGACCCCCGCCAAGGGGAGAGACAGGAAUUAUUCAACGACCGCGCGACGCGCCAGCAACUUCUGUCGUGUUCCUCUGUCGCGUGAAUUUGUCAUGUCGCGGUGAAACAGUCAAGAUAUAUCACCGAUAGACACGAAUUUUUCGUGUACCUUCCGGACGCUAUGCUCGGGAGAACUGCAACGGGCUACAGUGGUUCAUGGUGAUAGCUUGGAUCGAAUUAUGGGACCAUCCUCGGAGACGAUGAGUGAAAACUGUAAACGUCACGCGGAUUCGAUACUCCGAUGAAAGGACACAAUGGAACUGAGAGUAUGUCUUUAUUUCGGACACAAUGAUGUUUGAGAUGCAUCCACCAUCAUGAUGCCGUGGAUCGUUAAACAAAGGUUCGACACCUGAGCAACAACGAUCGCCGAGAUCCGCUUCCACUUCUCGGAGCUAACCAUCUUCGAGGACGAAUAAAUCACGCGUGGGAAGAGGAAUGGUCCCUUGGGCCUUCGGCGUGCCUCUCGUCUUCGUUUCUGCUCUGGGUCUUAUUCUCAAUGGUUUUGUGCUACUCGUGGUUCUUGGACUGGGCAAACAGACGCAGCAGCAACAAACCGCCAAUACUUUGUUGCUGAUACACUUGGGUGCAGUGGAGGCGGCUGUGUGCCUGAUAUUACUGAUCUUUACUACUGGUUCCUGGCCAAUCGCCGGCACCUGGUGUGUCUUGCACGGUUUUCUUUUGACUCUUUUACAUCCAGUCGCCCUUUGGACUGUCACUGGAUUGAACUGUGACAGAUAUUACGCGAUCGCUGCACCGCUACAUUACGCCGCAUUAGUAUCACCACGACGCGUUGCGGUUGGUCUAGCUGCAUCUUGGACAGGGGCUCUGUUCUUAUGCGUGCUGCCCUUCUGGGGUCUGGUACCGCCUUACAGAUACAGUCCAGGAUUGGGCUGCUGCGCGCCAGAUUUUAGCAACGAUUCGUGGGGCUUAGCGGCGGCGCUUUACGGGGCUGUUUAUGCGAUUCUGGGGCUGGCGCUGCCCGCCAUCCUCGUCACUAUCUGCAAUUUGCGUGUGCUUGGCAUAGCGCGUUAUCACCGGCAUCGAAUCGCUAGCGCAAUUUACGAAGUCACCCUGAGCGCUCAAGCGACCAUCACCCACCAGCGAAAUCCGUUUUUCGUACCAACUGUCACGGCACCUUCGGUCGUCAGCCCACCUCGCUUUCAUAGCGCGGCCAAAACGGUAAUGCAACUGGUUGGUUCUCUAUAUUUGCUUUAUUUCCCAUACUGCGGUCUGAUUCUUUGGGAAGUUUGCGACGCCGGUAAUCAGCCGCAUUUCUACAAUCAUCCCAAACUUGCUUCGUUGGCCUCGCUUCUACUCGCUUGUUCUCCACCCAUCAACGGCCUUCUCUACGGCUUGAAAUCGCAGACACUUAGACGAUCGGUGCAGAAUUAUUGGCGGAAGAAGGCGACCAAGUCGGAACUUCAACAAGAGAUUCAAGCAAGGACACCGAGCGCAGCAGGAUCGCGAAGACCGUCCGGUAGCGGAACUGGCUCUUUCUUUCCAUUCCCGCCAUUGCAACGAAGACUCAGCGAAGCUUUGCUGGCGUUGGGAUCCUGCAGAACCGGAAACAGUUUCGACAGCAAUAAUCUCGGCUUUCAUCGAAGCAGAUUGCAGCCUGCCGCCUCAUGCAAUACACUUCGUGUACCCACUUCCGAAUCAGGUGAAAGCAGCAAAUUAGUUAGGUCAAGCGCGAGCGCAGCCAGCCUGAUGGGUCCUCAUUACAGAAGCGAUUUUAUUGGAGUUGAUGUGAGCGUUGGUUGUUCUAUAGCAAUGAAUGAAACACCAAGAAGAAGUCCAAGGAUCCUUAUAACGAGAGCUUAUAGCGAGGAUAGCCAAGAUGGAGGAAGUCCACUGUUGAGGAAACCUAUUCUGGCCAACGCUCUUCCGUGCGACAAACGGAGAUGGCGACAUUGCAGCACCGGAAGCGAUAGCAGCACGGGAAGCAGCGAGACGAGCGUGUGGACGACGGGCGUCGCGCAAAAACUCGUCAAGGCCAAUGUAAAAAGCGCAUCGGACAUGUGGCCUGCGUCGAGAAGAUUUGUACGGGGAAAAAAUUUAGAGGAAGGACCACUUUUGAUUGGCGCCAGACCGAGCAAUAACAGCGAGAGCAGCGAUACAACGGACACUACAGCUACCACAACCACUACCACGAUGCCCAGCAAGCAGGUCGCGAUGGAAAACGGUGGCUAUCGGGAGAAAGGGAAAGAAAAAAUAAAUGGCAACAAAAAAGAGGGACAGCACAGCGAGAGCGACAACAGUUGGAGCAGCGUCGACGAGAUCGAAUCGAAGGAAAUGGCGGACAAGAGCAUAGAAGAGGAUAAUUUCGAGAAGAUCGAGGAGAAAGCAGACGCAGAAAAGUGCAAGCAAUUGAGGCGGAAAUCGAAAACGAUUCGCAAACCGGAUGUUCCUCAGAAUUGCAAGGAGACCGCGCAACGAAGGCCCCUUCUCACCUCGUCAUCCUAAGUUCGAUUAAUCGAUCAACAUACCUUUUUCAUCGUUCCUAAUUUAUUAUCAUUUUCUUCUCGUAAUUUAUUGUUCGACACUGUAAUUUUUUAACGCGAUAUAAAUCCUUUCGAGGCGACCUGGUGAAACAAGAUCGCUGGAUGAAAUUUGUUAUCGAUCCAUUAACAACCGCAAGCAAUUGUUACUUUUUAAAGAAUCGAGUUCUUUGAGACUCCUGAUCGAUUGUCCGCGUUCAAUUCAGGAAGAACAGCGUGGCGAUGAAGCUGAUCGUGUCCCCGUAUGCUCGAUAUCACCUGCAAUGUGUCGACAUAUCCUGAAAUUAUAUUUUUCUACUUUCACUGACAAGUCACAGCAUUGUUAACGAGAAAACCGUGGAUUUCUUGCGGCCAUUGCGGUCGCGCUGGAAUAAGAAGACCCGAUCGAAUAUCUACAUUAUACGCCAACCACAAUGAAAAACUUGUCCUCUCGUAGAAAGUUCGAGGGAAGGAAAGUUGAUCAUCCUCGUACGGGCAUCGCGCGACUCUCACAGAAAAAAGCUCUCACAGAAAACGCCAAAGAGCUCAUUGUAUAAUAAUAAUUUUCUUCGUCACCUCGUGGGUAAUAUCUCGCGACGAAAGUUUCGCGGUGGAUUUCUCGGCAAUCACCCUCGCUAUCGGAGAUUUCGCGAAAAAGUAAUGGUAACAAACGAUCACGAUACCUGAGAGAGUUCUCUUGAUGGUAGAACGCUCGACGAAAUCCAUGAAAUAUCGUAAGAAAUCAGUCGACUUGGGACACGUGAAUCGUUUGGUCGUUUCGACGAAUUGUACGAAUUACUAUCGUGGUAAUUUCGCGAUAUAACGGGCAAUAAUUUCCCUCGCCGCUUUUGCUGAUGUUCCUAAUUAAUGGAUUCGUGAAAGACAGAAGUUUGAAGGAGCAAAUAUUAAAUAUCGUCGAAAGUUGCUUUACCGUCUGUCGUGGAUGAUAAGAUGAAUAAAUGUACGAAAUUAACGUUUAUCUAUGCAGUCUAACGUGUAUAACGGUUUCGUCUUAUCUCUUUAGAGAUAUCGACGGGUAGAAUGUUAAAGAGCAUAAAGAACUUUUGUUAAUUUUUAAAAAAUACAGUUGGAAGAAUUUUUGGCGAAAACUUGAACAUUAUAAUUUCCAUAAAUGACAAAAACACAAUAAUCUGUUGCGAAGAUAAAUUUUUCAAUUUUGUAUCUACUUUUAUAAUUUUAUAAUCGUAUUAAUACUAAGUGCAUUUCAACCGUUCUAAGGCAAUGUUCAAACGUCUAUGUUUUGCAAAUUACUAUAUAUUUUAGAAGCUAUGUGUAUAUUUUAAUAAUCGUCUAAUUAGGUAAUUUUAAAAAUGUGGAACGAAACUUCAAUGCGAAGAAGAAAAUAUGUUAAAAUUCAAACGAAAUCUUGCACGAAUGGAAACGAGUAAGCAAACGAGAGGAAUACAUUAAAAAAAUUUAAUCACUGAUGCGCGAAGCAAUUAACAUAGACGGCCGUUGAUGUGAGUUUAUUGAUAAUAAGCGAUAGUUACGCUAAUACAAUCACGUGGACGAACAGAUACACGUUAAUAAAGUGUGACAGAACGAACACUUUUUACUAGUAAGUUUGUACAAUCGUGGCCAACCACUGUGUUUACACGGGCACGGUGGAUUUAUUCGCAAUUAGGUGUAGCAACAAUCACCUAAAAAUUAACCGAUAUUAAUGUUGGUGAUUAUUGGAAUUGAUGUUUUGAAUUUUGUAGACGAUGCAUGAUUGACGCGUGUGUAUGAGAGCGUGUGCGAGUGUGUGAACAGUGUCAAGUUCAAAUGUUCUAAUAUUUAAGAAUCGUUGAAAUGGAGAAAAGAAGAUUAUUUAUCGUUUUUUAAACUCUAAGCGAAUGUUACGAAAAAUGUAGAAAACAAAUGUUGUUCGACUAACGAUUAAUUUGCAACAUAUUUAUGAAAUUUCCUCUAGAAGUUGUUUUAAUGGUUUCAAUUGAAAUGUUUUUUUGGUAUUGUUUUCGAAGAAAAAUAUGACAAGGUUCAAUACGAUAAAUGUGAUUCUGCGAAUCUUGAUCAUCAGAAAUUUACUAUAUUGUGCUCAAUUUUUUCGAUUUGCAGCGUGCACGGUCACGAUGCAAGAUUACGUAACGAGCAGAGCGAAUUCAUGUUGCGAGUACUUGGACUAUUUGCUUUCGAAUUUGUCAAUUAGAAGUUAAUGAAACGAUCUCGUCAUUUGUUGAUCUCAACAUAGAGCACAAAUAUUUUAUCAUUCCGGCGUGAAGAACUUAGUCGGGUACCGCGUGUGACAUUAAUGUUAAUGGUGUUAAAAUAUCGCGAUUUAAAUGAUGUUUGAGUGUACGUCGUUAGUGCAAAUAAAACCGAAAAAUGUUCUAAAAAAGAUAAUAGUCUUACGUAAUUAUUUCCUCUUUAGAUUCAUAGCGUACCAUCAAAAAUUACUGAAUACUAAAUUAUAAUAAAUCAGAGAAUAAUGGAAUAAGCCAAAUUGAGUCAAACUAUCAUUAGU